AAAUAAAUAAAUAAAAUAAAUAAAUAAAUAAAUAAAAUAAAUAAAUAAAACACAACCGAUCAUUGGUCUCGAGAGAUAGCAAUCCAAAAAGCAACUGAAAAUUACCCAUUGCCCAUUUUAUAAUCAUCACUGCUGGAAUAAGAAGCAGAACUUCUCGACCAAGCCCUGUAUAUAAGAAUACUACAAUCACUCGAUGAAGAUAAUUUAAGAUUUUUAGCAGCACUUCUAGUUAAUCGGCGAUACGAGAGAAAUAUACAAGAGAAAUAUAAAUAAAACAAGGUUAAUGAGGGGUUAAACGCAAAUUACAAAAAAACAAAGAACUUUACAACUCACAUUUGUGUCUUCUGGUAUUUUGUUCUCGUUGCAUAAUUUCAAAGCUUCUGCAUCGCAUAUUGGAACAGUUGGCUCACCCAUUUUUUACUCACAAAAUUUUGACUUAUUGCCUUAACUAAUGAAUUGUAAAAUCUAAACUAUAAACUAAACUAUUUGCCACAAAACAUAUGGACGGACUAUUUGCCACAGUCAAUAUGUCAAUGUCAGUUACAUAAAUUGUCCAAGUCACAGAACCAAUAACACUGAAAUUAAAGAGCGACAAAUACAUGACAAACCAAUAUCCCUAUCUGCCAUCUUUCUCUUUACAGCUAGUUAGUCAUCCUGCAGGUUCAUAGGAUGCAGGUUUUUUAUAAGAAGGUGCUAAGAACCACCUAUAAUUACAGAGUGGUGGACUGUAAUACCUAAAAAAAAUAUACAGACAGGAAAAUACGUACGGACAGGAAAAUGGCGGAUAGUUUUUUAAAUUCGUGGAUUCCUUUUUUUGAUUACACUUCGUCUUCAUACCAUAAGACAUCUUAACCGCUCCCUCAAGAUGUGGCGAAUGCCUUACAAAGCACAUCGUGUGGGAAAGCGCUGACGGAUUGGAUGUGUCCAACGUUCACCACAUGGCACGUUCGGACUCUUGUCGGUAAAUUUGACCCGCGUCAAAGGACGUUACAACGUUGAAGCAUGGUUCGUUACGCUCCCACACGAGAUAUCAUGUGUUUGAUGGUUUUAGGUCAGAACCAGUAGCGGCGACAAACAUUAUUUAUUUGUUUGCUGUGAUUGUGGUGUGGGAAGUAUUUUGAUUUGAAUACCUACCUAUUCAUAAUAAUGUAUGCUCCGUAACUAACUUUUGAGAAGAACGAAUUAAAUUAGUAUAUAUACAAAACAUAGGCUGUCGUAACAGCACUUUUUUCAUAUUGCUAAUAUUUUGUACGUUUCGCAGAUAAGUUAUGGCUGGCCUAAGAAUAUGUAUUUUAGUAAAUUAUUAAUUAUCAAGUGCUUACAGUUGUUUCAUUGUAACGUCCUGUUGCAAUGCAAGACUAGUUGAGAAAUAUUUGUCUUGCAUUUCAUAACAAACGAAAAAGAUCGUAACUCCAAAAAUACUAUCACGAUUUUAAUACAAUUUUGACCCUAGGUUACUACUAUGAAAAUGAAGAGGGUAUGCAGUUUUUGAAAAUCGGUACAGUGGCUAUCGUCUAAAAACAAACAAAAAACGGUCAAACUUCGUUUCUCGACAUUUUUGAGGCUUCUGACAGACUUAAGUCUUGAUCGCUGAGGACAGAUCUGAAAUUAUUUUUCGGCUCUCGAAAAAAUUGUUUCAUCUUUUAUUUUGUAUAAUUUUUCCUUCAGUUGUUAAGGUUCAAGUGCGACACUGACACCGAUAUUAGAUGUUCGCACCACCAUGCAUCGAACGUCUGAGACUAAAAAGUUCCUCCUAUCUUGUAGGAGACACACUUGCCAAUUGUGGGGUGUCGAACGCUGUAAACAACGUUGGAAGCAUCGUGUGGGACCCGAAUUACACAUGUCAUGUUGACGUUGACAAAUGUCAGCAUAUUUUCCUGUCACUUUGACAGGUGCUCAAAUUCAAAUUGUGCCGGUUGGUUAACGCACGUAAAUAAACUUUCAAGACCUGUUUUUUGUCGUUUUCAAUUUUCAUCUUACACAAGAAGAGAAUAAGAGCACCAGAAUAUUUUGGUCCUCAUUGUCCAAUAUGGGUGACUUUGAAAUAGAGACUGGGUUUGUUUCUGCUGAUGAAACCAUCAAUUUUGGAACAAGAUGUAUGGGGAUGGAUAGUUUGUAUGAAACUGCCACAGUAGCCUGUAUCAAAACUACUGGGGCGAACCAGGUAUCAGAUGUUAAUCUCAACUGUAUAAUAAAUAAUAAUAGAGUCAUAUUUUGUGCAAACACCUCUUUAAAAUUAUUUAAAGAUACAACAUUAAAUAAUAUUGCAUUUGCUGCAACAUUCAGCUUUCCAAUUGUUGGAAUUAGCAUUUGGGGUGAUGCGUUUCUCAUCGUUUGCUUGAGCAAUGCAAAUUUCAAGGUUUUUAACAUCCAAGACUUUAAUGACGUGAAACUAGUCACAGCUGGAUCUAUUGUAGACGGCAGUUCUGGUGAUGGUGUCGAUAAGGAAUGCCUUAAAGUUUUUACUGAACUUCGUUUUGAUGAAAUCAUUAGCUUUUUAGUUAUUCUGAGAAAUGGGAAAAUUUUCAGAAUAAAACUAGAAACAGGAGAUCGGUCAAAUACAUCUGUCGACGAGAUGUUCGACUUGGAUUUUGAAACGAAUACGGCCAGUUAUAGUUAUCCAUUUGUACUGUUAGAUGGAUCAAAAUCCGCCAUUGUGAAUACAGAAACAAAUACGGUUCUAGCGGAUGGGCCUUAUCAUAUCAAAAGUGUAUGCCCAUUGGAGAACAAAUUCCUCUGCUUAGGUGAUGACGGGCAUCUUUAUAAAGUAUGCUGUUUGACAGCACUUGCUUUUGAGCUUGAAUAUGAUGCUUUAUUGGAGGAUUUACUGGUGUUAGAGGAAAAUGGAAAAGAAUCGAUAUUUGUCGUUACAAGAAAGAAUGAGAAAGGCGAAAUGUUCAUAAAACUUCUGCAACCAAAUUUCUCGCAAGUAUUUUCUGUUCAGCUGUUUCAUCCUGUCUACCUGGUGCCAUGCAUAGUGUCAGACGAAAUGUACCUAAUAUCGAAAGCUCACAAUGAUACUGGAUUGGAGUUGCGGUUCCAAUAUAUCUACGAGGUGGAACCCGAAUUAAGGCUCAAAAAACUCGUGCGUAGGCAGAGGUUUCAAGAAGCCGAACAGUUCGCUAAAACUUUCAAUAUCAGCAACGAAAUUGUUUUGAAGGCAAAAGUAGAACAAAUAAUCGAGAAAACGGAUUGUGAUACCGACGACAUUGAACAUUUACUUGUACUGUUAGAUGGAAUACAAGACGAUCUGUUUAAAUUGUGCGUGUGCAAUAAAGUUGAUUGCAGGCAAUUAGCUGAUCUUAGAAAGUUGUAUAAGUACGGAUCCAGUAUUUCGUUAGAAAAAAAGGAUGAGGAUGCGGAAUUACAAAGACAACUUCUCUCGGAGUUACUCUUCAAAUUUGAUACUUUCAUGGCUCUCUCUUGCAAACAUACGAUCAAUUCUUGGAACGAGUUUGCCACUUGCAAUCUUAUCAAUAAAGUGAAAUACUUCCUCAAGCAGCACAUCGUUGAAGACGCAAUAAUUGUUUAUAGCAGAUUAAAUCAAGACACAAUAGGAAAAGAUAUGACGGAAGAGAACAUUGAAGACAUAGUAACGAUAAUCAAUAAUCUACCCACGACUAAGUGCACUCAGUUUUUAUCAACAUUCAUCCCAGUGACUAUGUCACAUAGACCGUCUGCACUACCGAUUUUUGUGGAUUGGUUGCGGAACAAGAUCGUACACUUCGAGGAAAGAGACGCCGAACACUUCCCAGAGAAUGGGAUUGAUUUUGCCAACAUUAUUUUUAAAUUACUGAGGGUAGACGAGAAAAACUCAAUACUGUUUCAGUGGCAAUGCACUCUGUAUCAGAAACCUAUAAAUGAUCUUCGUAAAUUGAUAGAUGGAUUGAAGAUAUUGCAGAAUCUCAAGAAUUCGUAUGGUAUCAAAGUGUCUCUAGUGACAUACUUACAGGGUCCAAAAGACUUGAUUACCACUCUGUUAGGUAUAGUGAUGAAACCUGAAAAGUACGAUAUAUUUUUCGAAGAAUUUCUCUACAGUUACAUCAUUCAGAAUCAGUUCGACCCAAAUAAAAUUAUUUAUGAGAAAAUUAAGCAACUCUUGGAAUACGGCAACACGUGGAUGGCAAUGAUAGAAACUAUCAUUAAAUACAUCGACUCGAUGACAGUAAAGCUACAAGCAGUGAAAGAUAUCCUUAUUACCGCACCAGUGCCUUGGAUGGACGUUACAAAAAGGAUAGCAUUGAGUGCGGUGGUCCAUUGUAAUCAUUAUAUGGCUGAAGAAAUAAUCAGUAUGCUGGAAGAAGAGCCUGGAUUCAUUGUGCUCAAAAAGCCUGUGUACGAAAUCAACGUGAACAAUCAUAAGGAUGUUGGCAGGGCAGAUCAAAUAGUUAAUCGCAUGAUAUAUGUAAAUGAACCAACACUGAUAGAAGAUGUAUUUAAAGUAUACAAUACAGGAAAACUGAGAGACAGAGCAUCAUUUUGUCUGCUAAAGCACUAUAUUGGUAUUGGUGAUAUGGAAAAAAUGGAGUACAUCUUCACCCAACAUUGUACGAAAGCUGUAUGUAAAAAAAUGUUAAUCCACUGUGAGACAGUUUUCUUUGCAAAGUAUCACAAACAGGACUUUAAAGACAACUUCUACAGUUCCCUUAAGUUUAUAUUCGACAAGUUGAUGAUGAUGUCUGAUACGGAUUAUGAGAAAACGAGCCACAAAGAACACUACAAUGUGAUCAGUGGAGUCUAUAAUGCCAACAAAAUGUUUCAAAAGGAAUUCAAGAUAUUCGAUUGGCUGAGGGUGAAAAGAAGAAAGGCUAUAUAUGAUGACAUUAUAGAAAACAUUGAAGAAUAUUAUUGUACAGACUCGUCAACGUUCGAUGAUCUCCUGCAAUUUUCUAAAAAACUAGCGAUGUACUUUUUACUGGAUGAAGAUAAAGUUCUAAUUGAUAUUUGCGACAGAAUCGGCAAACUUGAGUACGUAAUAAAGGUAUCCACACAUUUGAACGAGAACGAGUCCGACCCUGAGUACCUUUGCUCAGCCGCGCUACUGAUACUCAAGUAUUUGGGCCACACAAAUAUGUUGGAGGAAACGUUUAACAUGUCAAUGAAUCUGGGAACUGUCAAUGCUGUGGAGGAAACUGAAAAUGAAGCAAUAGCUGUCAGGUUAUCGCGGGAGUUAGUAGCAAAAGCACUAGUGAAAGCAGAAAGGCCAACUUUUCGCAAAAUAAUGGAGGUGUUUAAGUGGAUAGAUUGUUAUUUCUUUUUAACGAAAUAUAACGAUAUACCAGACACUGAAAUAUUCGGUAAAAUUUACCAUGAACAACCUAGUGCGAGCAGUGUGGUGUUCCGCGAGGUAAAAAACUAUCUGGAAAUAUAUGUCAGUAGCAAAGGAUCAAAUCAUUCAACGCAUAUGACUUACAUCAAAGGCUACAAUUUGAACAUGGCUGCUUUUACACUGGAAGACAUUUUGUAUCAAAUGACAUCUUUACCGCUCAUUGUCAACAACAUGUGCAGGGAAGGUCUCCAAUUGACCGCUUUCAAUUUAAUAACGACCCUGAAAUCCUGCUUCACCGAUCCAGAUGCUGAUCCCCAAAUCGAACAAUCUCUGAAAGAGGCCGAAGACAAAUGCGUCUUUCAAUUGAUCCUUGCUGUGCUAAAUGCAGAAGAAGUGGAUGGCGAUCUGCUUUUCCGUUUGCUAUUACUGAGAAGGACGGAUUAUCUUAAACUGUUGGAAUAUUUGCUCAGAAAUUACAAGAGGCAAUUCAAGAAAUUCCAGUUGAUAUGCGCUGUGGGUUUGAGAGCUGUUACUCACUUGGAAGAGGUUAAUUGGAAGGGGAAAGCGACCUUGGUCAAGCAAGGGCUCCAUUGCAAAUGGUGGAAAAAGAUGCGGGAUCAAAUUCAAGGAAAGGUGCCAUAUGAUGAAUUCUUCAGAAUGAAAGAUGAUAAACGACUGGAACGGUUGAUCAAACUACAAGUCUUGAACCUGGAUUUAGUAAAAGAAUAUUGUGUUGAUUACCAUUUCCCAACAGAGAUGUACCUCAAGGAAUAUCUAAAAAGCUCACUUCUGAACUGGAAACUUGAAUACGAUAUCAUAACAGGACUGGACGGACAGCGAACGAUAACUGCAAAAAAUGAUGACAACGAUUUGCUGAAAAAGUGUAUGGAUGUUAUUGAUGCUGCCGAAGACAAAAAAUCAUGCUUUGUGCUGCUUGAAUCUACCUUAGGCAAGAUUAGCUGUUAUCAAUACGAGGUUUUCAUCUGCAUCAACACGAUCCUUGAAAAUAGUAUCCCAUCUGCGACCAUACAAAGCCGCUUGAGCUUGCUGUCGUUUCUACAAAACUACACACGCUGCAAUAGCCCCAGUCAAAGAGAGAAAGAAGAAUGGUACAGCGCUUUUCCAGAGAAUUUUGCCUUAGAUCCAUUAUCUGAAUUUCGCCUACCCUUCACAAAGUUAUUAUUCACCGAAGACAUCUGGAGUAUAGUCAGGCCUGAAGUUAAUCUCAAAACAUACAAACGGUGGUUUGGAGCUGCUGAAUUUCUGCCCGAUGUCUUGAAGAAGGAUGACAUUUGUAUAUAUGCUGUGAAGCAAGUGGUUUCCAGUGGAGUUUUGAAGACCGAUAUUCAAGAUAGAUGGAUCUUAUAUCCAAAGUUCAAGGAUCUCCUAGCUGAUGUGAAUGACUGUGUCCAACAUAUAGUCAACUUAGAACGAGCCACGUCUUUGGUUUAUCACCUUAUGUAUCAUAUUCCGAAUGGAGCAGAUAAAGUAGAUGCAGCAAGAAUGAGUUAUGCAUAUGCCAAAAAAUAUAGGCAAGCUAAUCCUGACGUAGCCGAGGUAGAAAACUCUUUCGUCAAGGUUAAAGCAAAAUAUUUUCAAUAUUCAGCAAUGCACAUAUUAUACAAGUAUAACUUGGCCGACGAUAACUACUUAGAGUUGUUACAAAAUCCAGAAGCUCUCAUUGAAGCAUUGUAUAUGGAUCCACGAAUAAUUGAACAUUCAGAAUUUGUGGACUUUUUCACCAGCGGAGGACCAGAUAUAAAUCGGGCUGUAGAAGAGCUGGCAAUGUUUUUCAAAUUGGACAUUCUCGCAUUACGCUUCAAGCUAUUACAAGACUGGUUGAAGAACUCUUAUAUGUCGAUCGACACCGAUUCUUCAUUUUAUGUACCGAACAUGAUUGGUCAAACAAGCUCAAUCCCAAUAAAUGAUAGCAAUGUUAAAAGGGCCAUAUAUCUAUCUAAGAGUGGCAAUCUAGAGUUCUAUCAAGAUUAUUUGAUCAAAGUUACAAUAGAAGAACCUGAAACUGGAGUACAAGAAAGCUUUGAUUUCAAAGCCAAAGCAUUGAAAUGCUUGUGUGCAAUUACUGAUGAAAGAACUGUUACCAAACUCACGAAAGUUUCAUACACUGAGAUACUCAACAUGAUAGACACCCUGAUGCUCCUGAGUGAUUUAGAGUCCUUGGGCAUAGUCUUGGAUUUACAGUCUCUGCGUGAAAGUAAUAAAAGGAGCUUCUAAAGAGGCUUUAUCUGAUCAAGAAACCUCUAGCUGUUAAGGUGAUGGGUAAUCUAUGUAUGAUGUAUACCAUAGAAGAUGUUCGAUACUGGAAUUUCAUCGUGAAUAAUGCCAUCAAGUUGAACAUGGUACGUGAAUUGAAAACAUACGUAGAAUUCCUAAGAGAAAAAUGUGAUAGAACUCAACUAUACCAAAUUGCAUGGCAAGCAAUAGUCGAAGACGCCUUUCAUCAAGCUUCUAUCGCAUCAAGUGACAAUUUGGAAGAAAGGCUGAUAAGCAACUUUUUAAUGCUACAGUCAUGCCCUGUCUCCCAGUCUCUUAACUAUGAGAAAAUUAUGCAGUUAUGUCAGAAUUUAGGAAAGCACGAAUAUGCUGCAUUACUCUUACAAUAUGUACCAGAAGAACGUAGAAAUAGAUUUUAUGAGUAUUUUUCUACCAAAAACAGUAUAUUACGAGAUUUAGAAAAAUUGGAGAUGCGAGGCUUGUGUGGUACUAAAAAAGUGAGACAGUGGCUAAGUUCGCGCUAAGAGGUCAUAUUUGAUAUAUUCCAAUGUGCAUUUAUAUUUAAUCUUUUUUCAAUAAAUGAAGUUCCAUAAAA